AUGUGGUAUAAGUAUUGUCCUUGAUGAGUUGGAAAAUGGGCUUACAUAUCUGAAAAAACUUAGUUAAAUUAUUAAUUAUUUUUGGUGGGAGGUGGAACAAUAUGCUGAAUAUAAAAUAAAUAGCUUUUGAUGAUAAUUUAAAACUGAAUGACUCAUCUUGUUCACCCUUCAAUCCACACAGUGACGUAAAACAAACCUCGCUCCUUCAGGCCAGUUGUGUGUAAAAACAUCUCACUGCUUUAGAAAUCUGGCAAACAAACUUUUAUACUAAGGAAGAACUCUACAGUGGGUGCCCAAAGAAUGCAGGAAGCAGGCGAGGAUGUCUGCAAAACUACUGUACAGAGGCUGGACUGCAAGAUGCCAAAACAUUAGUUUGCCCAAAAACAGCAUGGCCUAAAAAGUACCUGUAAGAGCAUGCAGAGUUGUGGAAAAGGCUUUUGUUUCCAAGGUUCGUCUCAGAUUCAGGUUCUCGGUCCGGCUGACCCAGUCAUUGCCUUGGAAGGUGAUGACAUAAUUCUGCUUUGUUACCUAAAACCCAACGUCAGUGCUAAGGACAUGAUAGUGGAGUGGACAAGAACUGACCUGAAAACACCACAGAACACAAAAAGGGUCCAUCUUUAUCGUGAUGGUCGAUAUGCCAAUGAUGACCAGCUUCCUGCCUACAUGGGAAGGACGUCACUGUUUCCAGAAGAACUCAAGAAUGGCAACGUCUCACUUAAGCUGUCCACUGUUAAACUCACUGAUGCUGGAAGUUACGGGUGCCUCAUUCCAUUACUGAGCAGCCAAGUAAAGGGAGUCACCAUUCAUCUUACUGUUGGUGCUGUAUCUCAGCCAAUGAUCUCUAUUGAGGGAACCAAAAACAAUGGAGUGGUCCUGAAGUGUGAUUCUGGAAGCUGGUACCCUGAACCUGAGAUGACCUGGCUGGACAGCGAUGGAGCCAUCCUUUCUGAUGGACCUACAGAGAUAGAAACCGAGACAGACUCUGAGGGUCGCUACACUGUGAGAGCACAUGUGACAGUCCAGAAGACUGACAGCAACAGGUUCACCUGUAGAGUUCUACAGCAUCAGAGCAAACACAUGAAAGAGACAAAGAUUCAUGUCCCAGUUGAUGUGUUUCCCAAAUCAAACACAGGGUGGAUUCUUGGUCUAAGUAUAAUAGCUUUCAUAGCAUGUGGCACAGCUGCUGUAGUAGUCUACAUGUGGAGAAAAAAAUCAGAACAGAAAAAACGCUUUAAGAAAUAUAAGGAGGAGCAGGACACAUUUCUAUUGGAAGAGUGGGAGAGAAAGCAUGAACAGCAACGGGUGGAGAAGGGUAUUGUUGCUUGCGUGGACAGGAUCAAAGCUGGCCUUAUUCAGAGUGUUACCAAGGCAAUAGAAAUAUCCGAUGUGCUUCUUCAGAAGGAUUUGAUCAAGAAGGAGAUCCACUCCAGUGUUUCUGCUGCCGGGAACAGCCAGGACCAGAUGAAACUGCUGUUCCAGGCUUUAGACUCAGGAGGUUCAGAGAUUAAAUCAGCCUUUUACAGCAUUCUACUGGAACAUGAACCAGACCUACUCAGGGACCUGGAUGUCCAGUUUAUGGACAAUCACAGGACUGAUCUCAUUCAGAUGGUUACUAAGGUGAAGCCCAUUGUAGAUGGCCUGCUCCAGAAAGACUUGAUCCCUCCAGGUGUGCACUCUGAAGUUAAUGAUGCCGGGACCAGGCAUGAAAAGAUGAGUUUGCUGUGCCAAGCCCUAGACUCAAGAGGGCCAAAUGUUAAAUCUGCCUUCUACAGGAUUCUGAUGGAACUGGAACCUGACCUAGUUUAUUUCUUGAAUAUGCUGGCAGUCAUAGAGCCAGAUGAACGCAUGAAUCACCUGUUUAAACAGCUGGCGUCAACCCGCCAAGGCAUGGAGUCUGCAAGACCACUGAAGGUGUCCUGUGGCAGCAGAUCUUUCAAGUCCUUGGAGAUGACACAACAAAGGGAUGAACUCAGAGAAAAACUUAUUGAGCUGAAGAAGAAAGAAGAAAAACAAAACAGACAUUUUGUUGCAUACAGAAAAUCUCCCAAAGAAAGGGCUUUAUGAGUGUAAUGAAAUAGUUAAAUUAAUCAAUCACGGUGAAUCACAAGCAAUUAUGUUAAUAUAAUCUUUGAGUGUAAUAUUUAUUAUAAUUACUGGUCAGUGUAUGCUUUGUGAAUGCUUUUGCUUCUAAAUACUUUAUUUCAUUUGGGAAUCAGGUUUAACCUCCUGAGACCCUGUGUCCGCAUAUGAGGAGACUGGUGCAUGUAACAUGCAUUAAUUAUUGAUCUUUGAAUACCUCUCUGGUACUGACAAAUGCAUUAUACACUACGAUGUACAGUAUAUAAAUAAAACCCUUUGACUGCAUAUGUCAUUAGCAGUUGUGCCCUUAUUUGUUGCCAUGUUCAGGCAUGAAAUGCACACACAUUUCCUUUUAAUUGGUGUCCAAUAAAGAAAUACUGAACCAGGUUAGGGGAGUUCCUUACUAA